AUGGCUUCCCUGCUCUUCCGCUCUUACGCUGGGCCCGAACCUUCGCACACAGUCUCCACCCUCCUCUUGCAGCUGCUGCUGCAACUACUUCUACCCUCCUCUUGGGACGCAGCCAUGUUGCGCAGGCCCCCUAACGGCGAGGGUCUCACCUUGAGCCGUGACGUGGGUAGGCAGUGGUUGAGGGCAGUAUGCGGAGGCCGGCCUGCCCCCGCGGAACUGCCCCUCAUGCGCACCACUCUGCUCCACGCAGCCUGUGGCCAGCGUUAUGUGCAGGGAAAGGUCCUGGGCGGUAUGGACGCCCCGGAGAAAAAGUGGCCAUGGCAGGUCAGCGUGCACUACAGGGGCUUCCACAUCUGCGGUGGGUCCAUCAUCGAUGAGUACUGGGUCCUGUCGGCAGCCCACUGCUUCGGCAGGAACAGGGAUAUGGAGGCCUAUGAUAUGUACGUGGGCCUUGUGGACCUCAUGGUUGCAGGCAGUUACACCCAGUGGUUUGAGGUGAAUAAGGUGAUCCUGCAUGACACAUAUGAAGCACACCACCCUAUCGGAGGUGACGUUGCUCUAGUGCAACUGAAAACUCGCAUUGUGUUUUCUGAGGCUGUACUCCCCAUCUGCAUUGCCACCCCAGACGUGAGCCUUCAGAACCUUACCUGCUGGGCUACAGGAUGGGGAUUCAUCUCCCAAAAAGGUAAGAAAACAAAGUGCAGCAUCAGUACCUGCUCUAUGGCACUACAGGAAAGAAAGUGUUUUGUCAGUUACAGGGUUGCAGGCACCUGGGGACUGGAAUUCCGAUCUGUUAAUCAUUAUUUUUUUUUCUGCCAGUGUGGAGUUAUUUUUAUCCUUGGCUGGCUUUGUUGCAUACAGAGAAGUAGUCACUUCUGCUUUGAGUGUGGAAAUAAUAUUUAG